AUAUAUUUGGUCCAUUCUAAAGCGAAUCUGAAUUCAAGUUUUCGGUCCUUGCAACACUACACAGGAACCUACGUGCAAUCGAGAAUAAAUCAUGCAACCACGCCGUCAGCGUCCUGCCGCUGAUGCCCCACAAGCAGCGACUGUUGCGACGCCCAAGGACAACAGCAACCAGGAGCAAGAGGCGACAUCGCCGCUCGACCAGGUCGAAGGUGGCAGCAGCAGCAAUAGCAACGGCAACGGCAACAACAAUGGCAACGGCAACUGCAGCAGCGACUGCGACAAGCAGACGGAGACGGCGACCAGAGACUUUUUGGUCUCACUAUUGGAGUGUCCCGUUUGCUUUGGAUAUAUGAUGCCACCGAUAAUGCAAUGCUCGCGAGGCCAUCUCAUUUGCUCACAGUGCCGGAAUAAGCUAAAUGUCUGUCCCGUUUGCCGUGUCCCGAUGAGCAAUAUACGCAAUCUGGCCAUGGAGAAGGUGGGCUCGAAACUGAUCUUUCCCUGCAAGCAUGCCUGCUAUGGCUGCCGUGUGCGUCUCUCCUACUCGGACAAGAAGGCGCAUGAGGAGGACUGCGAAUUCCGUCCAUAUUUCUGCCCCUAUCCGGAUGAGAAGUGCGUGUGGCAGGGUGCCCUGAAGGACGUAUACAAACAUUUUGUUAGCACGCAUCAGAAUGUGAUCACCAUGGAGGGCACCGACAUCAUCUUCUUGGCCACCAACGUCAAUCAGGUGGGCGCACUCGAUUGGACGAUGAUACAGUCGUGUCACGGCCGCCAUUUUCUGCUAUCGCUGGAGAAGGUGCAGUUGGGCGAGGGCUGUCAGCAAUAUUUCGCCGCCUGUCGCAUGAUCGGGACAAUGCGCGAUGCGGCCGACUUUGACUAUCUGAUCUCAUUGGAGGCCAACAAUCGCACCCUCAAAUGGAAGUCCAAGCCACGUUCCAUACGCGAAAGUUUCGUGACCUAUACGAAUGCCGAUUUUCUGGUGCUCAACAAAUCAACGGUGGAACAGUUUUCCGAGGAUGGAAAUUUGGCUUUAAACAUCAUCAUCAAAAGGGCCAACAACAAUGAUUAGAAUAUAGAAGAACUCUGCAUAUAUAGUGUAUAUAUACAUAUGUAUAUAUAUUUAUAUAACCAUUUAAUCUGCCAUCGGUCCAGUUA